AGCAAUUAGAGUUAGCUCAAAAAUGGGAGAGGAAAGACAUUUACCACUAUUUGAGACAACGAAGGCAAAGGGAAAAGUCCUCUAUAGGUUUUCUGCGGUGUCUGUAUCUGUUGGUAUAUGUUUGAUUUGGGUUUAUAGAGUGAUUCAUAUACCAAAAGCUGGAGAAGAUGGAAGAUUUGGUUGGAUGCUAUUGUUCGCCGCUGAGUUAUGGUUCGCUUUUUACUGGUUCGUCACUCAAGCCCUUCGGUGGAGCCGCAUCAACCGGCAAACCUUCAGGGACAGGCUCUCUGAAAGAUAUGAGAAUGAGUUGCCGGGGGUGGACAUAUUCGUGUGCACAGCGGAUCCGAUCAUAGAGCCGCCGAUUAUGGUGAUGAACACUGUUCUAUCGGUCAUGGCUUAUGACUAUCCGCCGGAGAAGCUCAGCGUGUAUCUCUCCGACGAUGGCGGCUCAGAAUUUACGUACUAUGCUUUUUUAGAAGCUGCUGAGUUUGCCAAGCGCUGGAUACCCUAUUGCAAGAAGUACAAUGUGGAGCCAAGAUCACCCGCUGCUUAUUUUGUCUCAACAGCUUCUGAUGAUCAAAGUCAGAAUCAGAAACAAGAAGGAGAUUUAGCUGUAAUUAAGAAAUUAUAUGAGGACAUGGCGACCAAAAUUGGAAAUGCAGUGAAGCUAGGCCGCAUUUCAGAAGAAGUGAGAUCAAAACAUAAAGGCUUUUCUCGAUGGGACUCAUAUUCAUCAAAACGUGACCAUGAAACCAUUCUUCAAAUAGUAAUUGAUGGGAGAGACCCAAAUGCAAGAGAUGUUGAAGGGUGUGUGUUGCCAACUUUGGUGUAUUUGGCUCGGGAGAAGAGACCCCAGAUUCACCAUAACUUCAAAGCUGGUGCUAUGAAUGCUCUGAUUAGGGUAUCGUCAAAUAUAAGCAAUGGGAAGUUGCUUCUUAAUGUAGACUGUGACAUGUAUUCAAACAACUCGAAGGCCAUAAGGGAUGCACUCUGCUUCUUAAUGGAUGAAGAACAAGGCCAUGAGAUUGCAUACGUACAGUUCCCGCAGAAUUUCGAUAACCUUACUAAGAAUGAAUUAUACGCUUCAUUACGAGUAUAUUUCGAGUUAUUGUUUUGGUAUAUACUGAAGGUGGAAUUCCAUGGUCUGGAUAAUUAUUGGGGGACAUUAUAUGUUGGAAGUGGAUGCUUUCACAGAAGAGAAACUCUUUGUGGGAAGAAAUUCAGCAAGGUAAAUAAGAGUGAGAUGAUAUGGGAGGACAAAAAAGGUGAAGAAAUUGGCAUUCAUGAAUUAGAAGAAAGUUCAAAAAGUCUUGCGAGUUGUACAUAUGAAGAGAACACACAGUGGGGAAAAGAGAUGGGUUUGAAAUAUGGGUGUCCGGUUGAAGAUGUGAUAACAGGGUUAUCGAUCCAAUGCCGAGGAUGGAAAUCAGUGUAUUGCAAUCCAACAAGGAAAGCUUUCUUAGGAUUAGCUCCAACCACAUUGCUUCAGGCACUUCUGCAGCAUAAGAGAUGGUCGGAAGGCAACCUUCAGAUUACGCUGUCUAAGUACAGUGUUGUAUGGUAUGGCCGUGGAAAGAUUGGUUUAGGCCAUCAACUUGGAUACCUUCGCUACAACUUAUGGGCUGCUAAUUGCUGGGCAACACUAAUUUACUCAACUCUUCCUUCACUUUACCUCCUUAGAGGCACGUCCUUAUUUCCUCAGAUUUCAAGCCGAUGGAUUAUACCAUUUGCAUAUGUUAUAAUUGCUAACAUUGGGAGCUUUGUGGAGUAUCUAUGGUGUGGAGGCACGAGCUUAGGUUGGUGGAACGACCAACGUAUGUGGCUUUACGAGAGAACAACCUCAUACUUAUUUGCCUUCAUCGACACCAUUGUACACUACCUCGGAUACACAGAUUCAGCAUUUGUAAUAACAGCCAAGGUGGCCGAUGAAGACGUGUCCGAACGAUAUGAGAAAGAAAUCAUGGAAUUCGGGGGCUCGUCUCCAAUGUUUACCGUGCUGGCAACACUUGCAUUGCUCAAUCUGUACUGCUUUGCCUGGUUUCUGAAGGCAGCAAUCACUGGAACAAAGGGUAUUGCAGAGGUUUAUGAGACAAUGUCCUUGCAGAUUCUUCUAUGUGUGGUUUUGAUUGUCAUUAACCUACCGUUGUACGAAGCCCUAUACCUGAGGAAGGACAAGGGGAAGCUGCCGAGCUCUGUAGCAUUUAAGUCGAUGGCAUUUGCUGGAUUUGCUUGCAUAUGUUUUAAAUUUCUAUAUUAAAUCAAGCAUGAGAGACGCUUUAUACUAAGAAUGUUAGAAGUACGUAGUGGCUCAAUUUGAGACCUGUUAUAAGAUAAGAGAGCUGCUGUAAAUAAUCUUUGUAAUCCUCAUUCUAUAAUGGUGGAUUCCCUUGUCCA